CCGCAUCAAUUUAUCACCACAACAACUCCGUUGUGCGGGGAGAUCACAAUCUCAUCCUUGGCUGUUGAUUAUGUGGCCAAUUACAGCAGAGCUCUAUCGUGGAGGAUUACAAGUUUACGAGCAAGCAUGGAUCCCCAGAGAGUGCGUCCUGGUUGACUGGUAUAAACGACAGGUCACCUCAGUAAAAGCUUCCUUCUCACCUGCAUGUAUGCACACCAUAUACUUGUGUCACAAUUCCCAUCCUACCAGACAAGCCCUAGAGUACCUAGGGUUGGGCUAUUCCUGCGUCGUUUCAACAAGUAGCAAAGGUUGGCUUGAACUGAAUUGGACUCAACGUAUUGAGCUUGCUCAUUCGCUUGAAAUCUUGUCAGUAGCUGGCCCUUACCGCUUUGGUCUCAACAUACACAUCGUCCGGUUCAUAUCACCUCGCUUCUCAACCGCAUAACGCACAGCCAGAGUAUCUAUUUCACGAUGCCGGUAUCUAGUCGCUGGAACGUGGAAAUCCCCGGCGGGUCUCUGCCACGAUGGACUUUUGGUUCCUCAUUUGACCCGCUACCGGACACGCCUUUGUUCGUCGAUCCCGAAAAGCCUGAUACGCAUGUUUUGUCGAAAUCGCAGUUUCGACUCUGGUCGAAGAGGUUUGCCAUCGGUCUGAUCGAGGCCGGCCUACAACCUGGGGAUAGGGUCCUUCUCUUCUCCGGAAACACGCUCUUCACACCUGUUGUUUUUAUGGGCGUGCUUAUGGCUGGCGGUGUCUUUACAGGCGCAAACCCGAGCUUCGUGGCGAGAGAGUUGGCGUAUCAGCUCAAGGAUAGCGGUGCCUCUUUUCUUGUCUCUGCCAAUAGCAGCAUGGAUAUCGCUACCGAGGCCGCCGCGGAAGUAGGACUUCCCAAAGAUAAAGUGUAUAGUUUUGACGCAACAGCACUAGAUUCGACUCCCGGAAAGGCGCCACCAGGGGCCAAACACUGGACCGACCUCCUUGUAUCAGCGGAGAAGGCCGAGAAAUGGGAUUGGUACGAGGCUCCUGACUCUAAAACCGCCACAUGCUGUUUGAACUACAGCUCGGGAACGACUGGCGUUCCCAAGGGCGUUCAGAUCAGCCACUAUUCAUACAUCGCAAAUGGCAUCCAAGUACUACACGUUGCGGCCAUGAGGGAUGACUAUGAGGACUGGGUCAAGCGCUCACGCCAGCUUUGUUUUCUUCCCAUGUAUCAUGCCUUUGGCCAGACAUACUUCACGACGAUAUUCCCCAAGAUUGGCAUUCCCGUCUACAUCAUGGGCGGGUUUGACUUUGUCAAGAUGCUCGAGUACGUACAGAAGUACCGCAUCACAUCGCUCACCUGCGUCCCGCCCAUCGUCGUAGCCCUGGCCAAGCACCCGCUCGCACGGAAAUACGACCUAAGCUCCAUCGAAAGUCUAGGGUCGGGCGCUGCGCCGCUUACGCGAGAAGUGGCCGAAGAGGCCGAGAAGCUGUGGCCCUCCGGCGACGUCCUGAUAACCCAGGGAUGGGGCAUGACCGAAGUGACGUGCACGUGUCUGACAUGGCACCCAGGCAGCAAACUUAAGAGUAUCGCAGUAGGCGAGUUGACGCCGAAUUGUCGGGGCAAGAUCAUGCGGCUCGACGGUUCUGGUGAGAUCACUACCGCCAACGAGUCGGGCGAAAUCUGGGUCACAGGUCCGACACUUAUGCAGGGUUAUUGGAAUAAGCCGGAGGCUACGGCAAACACAUUACAUAUUGACGCCGACGGCACGCGGUGGUUAAAGACUGGCGACAUCGCGUUCAUUGAAAAGUACGAGCAGGGUGGACUAUGGCACGUCAUCGAUCGCUUGAAGGAGCUGAUCAAGGUCAAGGGCAACCAAGUUGCCCCCGCCGAGCUGGAGGGUGUGCUGUUGGAGAACAAGUCUGUGAUUGAUGCCGCUGUUGUUGGUGUCACCAUCAAUGGCGAGGAGGUUCCGCGUGCAUAUGUCGUGCCGAACCCUGCAGCAAAGGUCUCAGAACAAGACAUCGCGCAAUGGAUGCAGAACAAGGUUGUGCGAUACAAGUGGUUGAAAGGCGGUGUAAUUUAUGUGCCUGAAAUCCCCAAAAACCCGUCUGGAAAGAUCUUGAGAAAAGAGCUCAGAGAUCGAGCCGCUAAGGAAGUUGGUGACAAGAAGUCGGCACUCUAAAUUUGCAAAGAAUCAAUGAUCAACGACACGCAUCUGAACAUAUCAUACCGUAUAUAUACGCAUUCCAUAAAGUAUAUAAACAAGACGCGGCAACACAAUAUCUUACAGCGUUUGCACAGAAAGAGGGUCCGAUUCAGUUUGACAUGAGAAUAUAUGCUUAGCCUCUCUUCAAGGAGCUACAUUGAUGUGUUUUGCGACGUAUUCGAACCUAUGCUCGGAUAGUUGCCACAUGUACUCUUAGUUUAUUGAAGUUUUCUGUUUAAAUAUACUAUUUGACGUUCA